AUGUCGACCUCACUGGCUGCCCCCCAGCAGUACAAGCAGCCCUCGCGCAAGGGUAAGAAGGCCUGGCGAAAGAAUGUCGACGUUACCGAAGUGCAGGAGGGCCUACGUCUUCUGAAAGACGAAGAGAUCAAAGGUGGCGUCCUCGCAGAAAAGCCUUCGGAAGAACUGUUCACCAUCGACACCAAAGGUGACGAGAAUGUGCGGAAAUCCUAUGCAAAGAAACACAAGUCACUCAAGGCCGACGAGAUCCUGGCCCAGCGCUCAGCGAUCCCAGCAUUGGACUCGCGCAAAAGGGUGAAUCCCAAUGUCACCGAUGGGGUCAUUGAACCGAAGACCAAGAAGCAUAAAAGCGACUGGGUCAGCCGCAAGGAAUGGCUCCGUUUGAAGCAGGUUGCUAAGGAUGCAAACCCUGCCACCAAGACCGCGGGCGAUGAAAUCUACGACCCUUGGGAGGACGAAGAAGAUCAGUCGGCUCCCGUUGAAGAUCCACGAUUUGAUUUCUUGGAGAAGCCGAAAGCGAAAGUUGCGCCGUCUACAUUAAAACAAGCACCGAUCUCUCUCGCAGCAAAUGGGAAGUCGGUCCCGUCGGUUCGGAUGCCACAUGGCGGAACCAGUUACAACCCUGUGUUUGAGGAGUGGGACAGUCUGAUCGAGGAGCACGGCAAGCAGGCCGUGGAGGCAGAGAAGAAACGUUUGGAAGAGGAGCAGAAGGAGCGGGAGAAAGAACUCCUGCGUGCUAAGGCCAAUGAUGACGACGGCGAAGUCAAGUCGGAUGACGAGAGCGCAUGGGAAGGGUUUGAAAGCGAGUACGAGAAACCCGAAUGGCUAAACAAGAAGCGGCCCGAGAGAAAGACCAAGACGCAACGCAACAAGAUCAACCGGCGCAAGGAGGCCGAACGGCAGGCCAAGUGGGAGGCUAAGCUGAAAAAGAAAGAGGCGCAGGUUGAGCAAGUGCGGGAGCUUGCUGAGCGAGCCCAGCAACAGGAGCUGGAGCGUCAGAUUCAGGACCAGUCGGAUGCAGAUGACUCCGAGGAGGGCGAUGAUACUACUCUACGACGGAAGCCUCUGGGGAAGAAUCCCGUCCCGGAGAAACCAUUGGAACUUGUGCUGCCCGAUGAACUGCAGGACUCGUUACGUCUGUUGAAACCCGAGGGCAACUUGCUGGAUGACCGGUUCCGUACGCUGAUCGUGCAGGGCAAACUCGAGUCUCGCAAGCCAGUGACGCAGGCCCGGAAGGCCAAGCGGAAGGUAACAGAGAAGUGGGCCUCGAAGGACUUCAAAGUUCCUGGUCUGGAGUGA